CGGGACGGUAGAGGCCAUGUAGCGUCGCCAUUACUCUGAGGAGAGAACAGUUGGUAGAGGGGUGCAAAAAUGCAGAGCAAUAAAACCUUUAACUUGGAGAAGCAAAACCAUACUCCAAGGAAGCAUCAUCAGCAUCACCACCAGCAGCACCACCAACAGCAACAGCCACCACCGCCACCAAUACCUGCAAAUGGGCAACAAGCCAGCAGCCAAAAUGAAGGCUUGACUAUUGACCUCAAGAAUUUUAGGAAACCAGGAGAGAAGACCUUCACCCAACGUAGCCGGCUCUUUGUGGGCAAUCUUCCUCCUGACAUCACUGAGGAGGAGAUGAGGAAACUAUUUGAGAAAUACGGGAAGGCAGGCAAAGUCUUCAUUCAUAAGGAUAAGGGCUUUGGCUUUAUCCGCUUGGAAACGCGAACCUUAGCAGAGAUUGCCAAAGUAGAGCUGGACAACAAGCCACUUCGUGGAAAGCAGCUGGUGCGCUUUGCCUGCCAUAGUGCAUCGCUCACAGUCCGAAACCUUCCUCAGUAUGUUUCUAACGAACUGCUGGAGGAAGCUUUUUCUCUGUUUGGCCAAGUGGAAACAGCUGUAGUCAUCAUGGAUGAUAGAGAAAGGCCCGCAGGAAAAGGCAUUGUUGAAUUCUCAGGGAAGCCAGCUGCUCGGAAAGCUCUGGACAGGUGCAGUGAAGACUCCUUCCUGUUAACCACAUUUCCUCGGCCUGUGACUGUGGAGCCCAUGGACCAGUUGGAUGAUGAAGAGGGACUUCGAGAGAAGCUGGUUAUAAAGAACCAGCAAUUUCAUAAGGAGCGAGAACAGCCACCCAGAUUUGCACAGCCUGGCUCCUUUGAGUAUGAGUAUGCCAUGCGCUGGAAGGCACUCAUUGAGAUAGAGAAGCAGCAGCAGGACCAAGUGGACCGCAACAUCAAGGAAGCUUGUGAGAAGCUGGAGAUGGAGGCUGCUCGCCAUGAGCACCAAGUCAUGUUAAUGAGACAGAAUUUGAUGAGGCAUCAAGAAGAACUCCGGAGGAUGGAAGAGCUGCACAACCAAGAAGUGCAAAAACGAAAGCAACUGGAGCUCAGGCAGGAGGAAGAGCGCAGGCGCCGUGAAGAAGAGAUGUGGCAGCCACAGGAAGAAGUGAUGCGGCGACAGCAGGAAGGAUUCAAGGGAACAUUCCCUGAUGCGAGAGAACAGGAAAUACGGAUGGGCCAGAUGGCCAUGGGAGGUGCUAUGGGCAUAAACAACAGAGGCGCCAUGCCCCCUGCUCCAGUGCCAGCUGGUACCCCAGCUCCCCCAGGACCUGCCACUAUGAUGCCAGAUGGAACCUUGGUAUUGACCCCACCAACUGAACGCUUUGGCCAGGCUGCUACCAUGGAAGGAAUUGGGGCCAUUGGUGGAACCCCUCCUGCGUUCAACCGUGCAGCUCCUGGAGCUGAAUUUGCUCCAAACAAACGUCGCCGAUACUAAUAAAAAUUUCACUGUCUAGUUUCCCAAAAACCCUCAAAAGAAAGACCCUUUUUGGACUAGCCAGAAUUCUGCCCUGGAAAAAGUGUUAGGGAUUCCUCCCAAUAGUGAGGUCUUCCUUGCCUGUACUACUCUAAGGGAGUAUGCUGGAGGCUGAGGGCAAGGGAGGGGCAAUAAAAUUUAACAAAGCA